CCGUAGAUAAACGUAGUCACGCGCUACACACAGUCAGCUGACCAAAUAAGAGUCAAACGAACAAGAAAAAAGAAGAACUGAAUACGUUUUAGUACUUAAAUCUUUAUUACAUAACUUUAUAGGAAUGGAAUCGACGUUAGAGCAGCAUCUUGACGACACAAUGAAAAAUCAUGCUAUAGUCGGUGUCCUGUGCACGGAUCAGCAAGGUCACAACUUAGGCUGCCGUGGGUCUAUGUCGGAUGAGCAUGGAGGUGUGGUAUCAGUACUGGCGAGGCAAGCAGCAUCUCUGACAAGAGACCCCACCGACACCCCUAUUGUUUGCUUGGAGUCAGAGUCUGGUAAUGUGUUGAUCAAAAGCCAUGGAACGAUCACAGUCGCCGUGCACAAGAUGACUGUCUGACGUCCUCCUAUGGGUUUAUGAAAAUAACUGUGUUUUAGUCAGUAGUAUGUUCAAGUUUGCACUGCUGUAGAUGGUGUUGUGUUUGCUAAUGAAUAAUGAUGUCAAUGUUUUCUACUGACUUUAAAUUUCAUAUGUUUGAGAAAUUUAGGUCCUCAAAUUAUUUUUUUUAUUUAUGGCCAGCUUUUUUACUUGGUAGAUGCGUUUGUCACCUGUAAUAAUGGGGGAAGUGAGCUUGUGCUGGGUACAGUUCCUGUGUUCUGUCCCUCACUGCCUCUCAAACAAUAGAUUAUUGUUUUUCCCAUUAUUAGAAUAAAGAUCUAAGGUUCUCUAAUGGUACCCAAGUAUUUGAAAAUUCACUGCUUAUUCUAUAAUUCUUAAAGGUUUCAUGAUAUUUUUCUUUUAAUUGUAAUUAUAUGUUAUAAAUCAUUAAAAGAAAAAAGUGAACCCAGUUACCCAGUUUAAACAUUUAAUAUUGUCAUAGAGUCUCAUGUAACCAAGGGGAGUAAAAUAUGUGUUUUUAAUGCCUUAACAAGAAGAAUAUGCACGGAUGCAUAUUUUCUCUUUAGUAACAAUACCUAGUUGUGCCUAUGAAAAAAAAUAUCACGUGCUUAUUCAGGCAUGUUUUAGAAUAGAUAUAUAGCAGAAAGCUGGUGAGUGUUAGCUGGCCUAUGGAUGUUUCACAGAGUGCAAACUUGUUAUGCCACGCCUGAGCCCAACUAGAUUGGUAUAAAUGCAUCUGACAGUGUAUUUCAAAAAGUGUGCAGUUUAAAGACCAUUUGAAAUGUAUCAAACCUAAAAAUAUAAUGAAGUUUAGUGACUGGUAUAUUAUGGCAUAAUCAAAAUCAACCUUGAGCAUUUUUGGCUGACCACCUAAUAAUUUUUACUGUUUUGUGUUUUGAAAAGUAUUGCUUUAUUACAGAACUGCGGUAUCUUAGAACAAGUUAUAUAAUUCUUUGAAAAAUAAAAAUCACACAUUGAAUCCAGAA